CCGUCCGGUACGGGCGAGUGCCGAAGCGUUCCCGGGAGAAGGAGGAGCAAGAGCGGCGGGUGUCGACGACGGGGGAACCCGGACAGACUGAGCUGGAGACGAAACAACUGGCCAUCUAUGACAUCAUUCUGACCAUCUCACAGGCUCACUGCAGUAACUGCACGUUCACCGAGGAUAAGAUGAAACUGAUGCUACGCAAGCCGGCCCAGUUUAGCAUGAAGUUCGAAGGAGACCUGCUGAGCACGCAGGAUGCUAUCGAUCAGCAGAAGAUGUAUUUCGGGCAGCAGUUGGCGUCUCUCAUCACGCCAUCCAUAUCACGAGUGGUCGAGUUCGCAAAGCGAGUGCCAGGUAGCGCCACCAUCGCCGUUCGUCCAUUUUCGAAUCAAUGUCGUGCCCCUAUUAUAACUAGAAAUUCAAUAAAUCUGUUGUUCAAGCUUAUGCGUGACGGUCGCAGAAAGUACGCGAAAUAG